AAAACGGGUGCUACUGAAGAUUCAAUCACAUCACAAUCAACCACCACAAACAGUAAUAAACAAGAAAUAUUCACAGUUAAAAAAAAAAAACACAACUUCUUCAACAUGAAGGUAUUCAUCAUCCUGCCUUUAGUAGCUGCCAUGGCUUCCGCCGACUUCAUCAGAACCGUGCCAACUUACAUUACAUCUUCAUUAACCUCACACGGACCUGUUCCAUGGGCUUAUUUGCAACCGUUUUACCAAUCAGCCCCGGUGGUGGCAUACACAGAACCAGAAGCCAAAUUAGUCGUCGCUACAGCACCAGCCAAAAUUGUUACACCAGCCAGAGCCGUUCCAACUGCUCGAGCUGAAGUUGUUCCCGUAGCUCCCGCUAAACUAGUCGCACCGGCACUUCCGGUGGCUAAGAUUGUACAAGUGGUACCUGCUCAAGCUCAAUUACAGCCAAACCCUUCAUACUCCUUUGCAUACGAAGUCCAAGAUCAAAUUACCGGUGACUCUAAAAGCCAACAAGAAACCCGAAAUGGUGAUAUCGUGAAAGGCAGAUACAGUUUGAUCGAACCCGAUGGCUCCAGAAGAACCGUAGACUACACAGCUGAUCCAACGAACGGAUUCAACGCAUUUGUGCAGAAAUCAGACACACAACAAGCCGUUUUCGUACCAUCAGUCUCAACCGACGACGUAGAAACUAUCAAAGUAGACACCAUUGAAGUUGAACCAGUCAGGUAUGCGCCUACGGUCACUAAACCACUGAAGAAUACGCUCGCUGUGCCCGAAACUAAAACGACUAAAACUGGUUAUUGAUAAACAUUUAAUUCACAUGUAUACUUGGCUAUAAAUUCCAAUUUAAUUUAUGUAGAGUAGAUACGAUUAAAUUAUAUACAUUUUCUUUUUAAAUGAUAAACUGUAA